AGAAGCAGAGUCCUGCACCCAGAGCGUGUCUGACCCCGUGCUGUCUCCGUCCCUCCGUGUUGCAUCGUUACCAUCACCAUGGCCCCCAAGAAGAAGGAAGAGCCCAAACCAGUAGCUGCACCCAAGCCCCCAGAGCCUGAGCCCCCCAAGGAGCCAGAGUUUAACCCGGCUGAAGUCAAGAUUGAAUUCACCGCUGAGCAGAUUGAGGAUUUCAAGGAUGCGUUCCAACUGUUUGACAGGACGCCGACCAACGAGAUGAAAAUCACCUAUGCUCAGUGUGGUGAUCUGAUCCGGGCUUUGGGUCAGAACCCCACCAACGCUGAAGUUAUGCACGUCUUAGGCAAACCCAAAGCUGAAGAAAUGCAAGUGAAGAUGCUGGAUUUUGAACAGUUCUUGCCCUUGCAUCAACACAUCUGCAAGGCCAAAGACCGCGGCACCUUUGAAGACUUCGUUGAGGGCCUGAGAGUGUUUGACAAAGAGGGCAAUGGGACAGUGAUGGGUGCUGAACUCAGACACGUCCUCGCUACCCUGGGUGAGAAGAUGAAGGAAGAUGAGGUUGAGCAGCUGAUGGCUGGGCAGGAGGAUGCAAACGGCUGUAUAAACUAUGAAGCUUUUGUAAAACACAUCAUGGCUGGCUGAAUGGAUGAUCAAGACACUUCAGUUGAGGAUACAACAUAAUGUUGAUUUUAUUUAAUCGUUGUCUUUUUUAAUUAAAACUCACACAGGUGUUUCCUGCCAUUGCUCCACUGUCUCCAACUAUCUCUCAAACGUUGCUUUUUGUGUUUGUCCUCAGUCUGUUACGCCUAAAUGACUCCAUCCUACAUCAUACCUGUCUGUCAAUACAAAAACAACAACAACAAAAAAGUGUAAUAAAUGUCACGCUUGGUUUUAACA